AUAGAUUAGAAAAUGGCGAUAAUUCAUCUGAAAAUGAUAUUAAUAUACUCGACCUUGUUAUAAAAUCAUUAGAGAAUGAUACUUCUGCAUCUGAUAUAACUGAUGCUGCCUUAAGUUCUGAUGUAUAUCAGGGGGAAGAUAAAAAGAUCAUAUAUAAAGAAUGGAUUAGUAAUGAAAUAAGAGAAAGGAAUCAAGAAAAGAAGCUUAGAUCCCAAGAGGUAAGUGGAGAAGAAACAAAGCUUCAGGGCUAUGAUUCAUCAAAUCAGAAAAUUCCUUAUAAUCAAAAAGUAGAACAAGGGCUAGUAGUAAAGUUUUUAGAAAUUUUAAUCAUUAGUUUAAAUAUUGGACCAUUAUCAGAGGAUAAACAAAGUAUGAUUUGGUUAGAAGGAAUUGAAUCAAAUAAAG